AUGUUACCUAAGGCUAUAUGUGAAUAUAUGAACGGAGCAUUUCGUCGAAGGCAAGCUCCUUUGAAUGAUCCUCUAUUUCACGAUCUCUAUUGUAAUAAACAUCCCGUUUUUACCAACGUACCUUGAUAGUCCAAAUAUAAAUGCAGAGAUUUGAAGUUCGUGUUAUCUGGUAUCGGGUAAAUGAUAAUUUACAUGAAUCUUUAUUCAGAAGGUGUGAUACACGGAUGUAAUGGUAGUGACACGCCAACAUAGCUCGGAAUUAUGUAAAGAGAAACGUGGCAUCAUUUAUGAAUAUUCGUAACUAUUAAAUAAGAAAUAGAAAUAACGAUAGGUGGACAUCACCCACGUUCAUACGUUCCAUGUAUUAAAUUAUUGCUCGAUAUUAUCUUUGACCAAAAAUACCUGAUAACGAUACAUAAAUAACACUUAUUUUCAAAAAACAUCGGAAAUUCCAUUCCCACGAGGUGUACUUUGCUCUAUGAGUCUAUGUGUGCCAAGAAAACCAAUCUGUUCUUGACCAUUUGUUCAAUUCUAAUAUAAACGUUUCAUUAUUUAUUAAAGUGCCUUUUACCUUCUAACUCAGACAAUGAGAGAUGGAAUCAGAUUACGUCAGCACAUCACAAAAAGAGCCUCUGGCGAUGUAUCAUAUGAGGAAAAAACUUUUACAAAAAAGAAAGACACACUGCCGAAUGAAACGCAACAUUUACUUUUCCUAUUUACAUUUUUCCUUUUCGUGUCCAUUGUAAUGAUAGUAUUCGAGAAGAAGUUACCCGAACCACUAACGAUAAAUAAAGAGAGACUAUAUCCGGGAAGGUUUAUAGCAGAGAGAGCUCACAAUCAUCUUGUGAACCUUACGUCCAUUGGGCCACGAAUUGUUGGAAGUUACGAAAACGAAGUUUUGGCUGUUAAAUAUUUAACAAACAUUAUUGAUAAUAUAGUUAAGGAUGCUAACGAGAAUCAUAAGAUUCUAGUCAAUGUAACCAAACAUAGCGGAGCUUUUCCAUUAACAUUUCUGGAUGGAAUGACAAACGUUUAUAAAAAUGUGCAAAACGUCAUUGUUAAAAUUGGUCCACACAGGCCUACCCAGAGCAGUUUGCUAUUAAAUUGUCACUUUGAUACUUUUCCUGAUAGUCCUGGUGGAUCAGACGAUGGAGCAGGUUGUGCUGUGAUGUUAGAAAUUGUACGUGUGAUUGCUCAUAGUUCAAAAUUAUUGAAGCAUAGUAUUAUAUUUUUAUUUAAUGGUGCAGAAGAAAAUUUAUUACAGGCUUCCCAUGGCUUUAUAACGCAACAUCCUUGGGCAAAGGAAGUGCGUGCAUUUAUAAAUUUAGAAGCCUGUGGCGCAGGCGGGCGCGAAUUAUUAUUUCAGGCUGGACCUGAUAGUUCUUGGAUGCUUCAGGUAUACUCUAAGUAUGUUCCCUAUCCCUACGCGUCGUCCUUAGCUCAAGAAAUAUUUGAAAGUGGUAUCGUACCUGGUGACACCGAUUUUCGAAUAUUUAGAGAUUUUGGAAAUGUUUCUGGUCUCGAUUUUGCUUGGGCAACCAAUGGUUACGUCUAUCACACGAAAUUCGAUAAUAUCGAUCAAAUACCGUUAGGAUCUUUGCAGAGGACUGGGGACAAUAUUCUUGCUCUAUUGCAAGGAAUAAUAUUGGAUAAUUAUUUAUCCGAAGCUGCAGUUCAAGAGAACGCAGGGAAUCUCGUGUUCUUCGAUUUCCUAGGCUUAUUUGUUGUUAGCUGGCCACAGUAUAUGUCGAGUACAAUUAAUGUCGUUAGCAUAAUCGCUGGCGUAUAUUCUAUAUAUCUAAAUGCACAAAGUGCACGGAAAGAUGUAAAGAGAUCGGUAUACUUAAAGCAUUUAUUACUGUGUACCGGAGCAAUAACCGUUUCAUGGCUGGUGUGCAUAAUUUCGUGCACUCUGGUUGCACUUGUUCUUACCAAACUUGGAAAAGUUAUGAGUUGGUACGCAAGACCAGCGUGGUUGUUUUUCCUUUACGUAUGCCCAACCAUUUUCGUGUCGAUGAUGUUCUUCUUGUACAUGGGAUCACGUCAGAGAAAGGAAGUUAAAUCCACGUGGAUUUUAUACCAAAUAUACUGUGAUGCAUAUUCUAUGAUAUGGAUGUCUAUUCUCUUUUGUUGCGUUGUAUUUGAAAUACGAUCUGGGUUUAUACCGCUACACUGGGUACUAUUUCCUACGCUCGGAAAUUUACUGCGAUAUAAUUUUUUCAAUAAAUGGAGAGGCUGGAAGUGGCUGUUGUAUUACUUAGCUACCAUGUCAUUACCUUACGUCCAAUCGUUUUCCCUAAUAAUCGGAGUUCUCUAUCUUUUCGUUCCCAUAAUGGGACGAUCCGGUAGCAGUAUAAAUUCGGAGGUUGUCAUGGCUAAUACGCUGUCCAUACUGUUUUGCCUCCUACUUAGUUUCACGUUACCAAUCGUACUUCUAAUUAAAAACGCAGAACGUAUUCUAAGCGUGUUACUCGGGAUAUUCUUGAUAACUAUAGCUGUGUUAAUUUUGACUCCGCUCGGAUUUCCUUACAGCGGUGAUUUGUCAUCGCUGGCGCCAGAACGAUUCAUGAUCGCGCACACACAAAGACAAUACUACGACGUUCAUGGUAACUUACGGUAUUCUGGAACUGGAUAUUGGAUAGCAGAUUUAGAUAUGAAUAGUCCACACAGCGUGGAAGCUAUGGUACCUGAGAUAAGUGCUGCAACACCAACAGUGAAAGAUUGCGAGCAAGAGUUGUAUUGUGGUUUGCCAUACUUCAUGCCGGUUACAACCUUCUUAUGGAAAACAAGUUGGAUUCCGGGUCCUGCACCACUUAUUACAACUCCGACGCAGUUGGACCUUGUUUCGAAGACCACGAAACAGAACGUUGUCAGUUUUACGUUCAAUGUUACAGGUCCCGAUCAUAUAAGCAUAAUCCUGUCUCCAUACAAAGGGGUUCGCUUAGAAAGGUGGUCUAUUUUAGAAGGCAAAGCAUUGCAAGGACCUAAGUGGAACGACAGGGAAACAUACUUCGUUUAUUAUUCCUGCGCAUCUGACUGUACUCCUUAUACAUUUUCCCUGGAAUUGAACGUGCCGACUACGCAAAAGACACCGUGCUUAUCGGUAGCACUGGGAGGUCAUUUCUUGCAUGGGGAACAUAAGAAAUCUUUGAGAUUUAGACGAUUCUUGUCUCAGUUUCCAUCUUGGACAGUGGUCACUUCGUGGACAGCGACAUACACAUCUUGGCAAUUCUAGCAUGCGACAUCGAGUAAUGGUUAUUCUAAGUUGAAUGCGUUUGCAUCGAAAUAGUCAGUGAGGGCCUAAUGGAAACGGCGCGGUACUAGCAUAACUAUCAAUACUUUUCAAAGCCAUACAAAAUAACAUUGAGAUCUAUAAGCUUAAGACUUAGGGUAAUUCCGUAUUAUAUGCUGAAUUUCUUGCAAUUGCAAUACGGUAAGGUACAUCGAUCAUCAUUAAAUGAAAAUAUUAAGGAAUGAGAUGUUUGUCAUUCUAUUUAUAUAAAUUUUUUACUAGUAAUAUUAUUGGUAUAGAGACAUUUUUAGAGUAGUCUUAAGACGUUGCCUUCGAGGUGAAGACGCGACGAGUACUUGGAAUAACAUUUAACCUAUAAAAUUGAAAUUUCACUAAUUACAGUUAUCUAUUGUAGAGAUACAGUAUGGUGUAGCAUAUCAAUUGUAUGCCUUAGAGUAUAAUUACGGCUACGUUUAAUUUUUAAACGCUAGAAAGGUAAUACUUGUUACAGACCAAUUAAUCUGUAAUAGCGGAAUAGGGGAUUAUAAAGAUUUAUAGGUCGGAUAUCUAUCGUUGUACGACGAUUGUCUUUUUAUCUUGUUAUCUCAGUAAUAGAGAGUACAUUUUUGAAUAAUUAUUCCGUUUAUUUAAUGGACAAAUUAACAUGCACGUACGCAUUUUAUAAAUUAAGAACAGUGAUAUAACAUACAAAGCUUAAAAGCACAAAUGUAACAGUCUGCUUUACGAACGUACUAAAAUAAUUGUAAUAACCGUUUACGUUAGCGUAACUUUUGUUUUAACAUAGUAAUUUCUAACUUCGCCACAAUCGCACUGUUUAAUUAUUGCAUACAUGUACAUUUCACAAGUGUCGUUUCAUUUUAUUUAAUUUUUUAUAUAGUUUCUUAUAUGUUAUUAUGGUUGUUAUUCCAAGGAGACUGAACUUUGUUUAGGUUUUAAUGUUACUAGUGACUGUUGAUUUAUGAUAACGAAUGUAUGCAAUAGUUACAAAUUAAUUACUAGUUAAUUUAUUGUCUAAUGGUUCACGAUUCAAUUUUUCCAGUAGAUUAACAACGUACAGUCUACUGUAUCCAGAAGGUAUCUCUAACAAAAAUACGACUUCAAAGUUAAUGCAAUUUAGUUGAAAUAUUUAUCGAAACGCUACACAUUUGAAUCUAAUGAUAAGAAAAUUUUGCCAAUAUCGAUAGCCAAUUAUGUAACCACAAGUAAGUCCAAAGUAUUAAUAGAGCAUAAUAGAAAUAAUUUAACCAAAUUUGACAGAUAACAAGUCAAAUUUGAUUGAAAAUUCAAUUAUUUACUAAUUUUGAAUUUUCAUUAACACUUCUGAUUCUUUGCGAUUUACUUGUACAUAACUACGACAUUUUGUUAACCGAAUUCUUUUACACCGCACCACGUGUUCAACGUAUAUUGCCCAAAAUGCUUUCAUUGCACAAAUUUUAUUACGAUUGUACUUAAUGCUGCACAAUGUUAAGCACAUAAAUUAAUUUUCCUUAGAUACUUUAGUUUCGAGACGAAUUCAUAGCAGACGAAACGUCUACGUGGUAUAUUAACUUACAAAGACAGGUAUUCGUCACUCGAAACGUCGGUAUCAACAUAUCUACUGUUAUUAAGUUAAGUUUUAAAAAAGAAAACUGAUAAUGGUGAUACCUGUCUAAAUAAUUUUGUUAUCGCUCAGUUCUACGAGUUUAUUGAGUUACCUACAUAUUCCUGCUUGUAUGUUAUUGUUAUUUAGUGGUUGUUACUAAACGAGUAAAGGUUAAUACGAACGAUAAAUAAAAGAGUUGAGAAUUGA